ACUAGGAAUAUACAAAUAAACAAAAAAACAGUUUUAUAUCCAUAUAGAGAUAUAAAGGAAAUGUAUGAAACAAAAGAAGAUAUCAAUUCAAGUGAUAAAAACCCAUGGUCAUGGGUAUAUCACAAUAAUGACCUAACAUCAAAAACAGGUAGAUUGUCAAUGAUGCCCUCGGAACAAACUGUAUCGUCAUCCUAUAAUGAACAUGGAAAUGGAAAUGAUAUACAACUAAUAAGCUCAGGAAUGAGCGAAAUGACCCUCAACUCAAGUGAUGUAAGAUAUACGUCCUCAGAUGAUAUACCAAGGAUACCGACACUCAACCUCGCACUACUAGAUAAAAGAGAAAGCUUGCCACUGUCAAGCCUUGGAGAACAUGAUCAAGCACCGCCACCACAAUUUAACGUAAAAAUGGCCAAGGAUGAAACAAUAGUGGCGGAACUUAAUCGCAUACAGUCACAAUUACAAAGUAAACUCAGCACCGUGAGGAUGGAGUACCAAGCAGGACUCACUAAUUCAUCACUUAGAGGAUUUGAUAAAAAAAGAACAAAUAGAAUGAUAAGUAUAUGCUCCGAUGAUACCGUGUCGCUGCAUAGCAGCUCAUCAGAAGGUGUAGUGCACGAAGGACGAUUCGGAAUACCAAAGGCAUUUGCAAAGUAUACCCAACCAAUGACAAAUAAACCAGAGCCCAAUGUAACACAAAAUGGAUCUACUAAUAAUCCAAGAAGAAAUGUGCCACACAACCUGCAAUAUAUCAUCAAUAGCGCAGGUGGAGGCACAUAUGACCCAAAUGAAAAUAUACAUGGAUACUAUCCAUCAAGAAGAGAAAUAUCAGUAGCGGGUUUACGAAAAGCAGCAUCGGGAGAUUACACAGCAACGCCCUCGAGGUUGAUUAACUCAAAUGACUACAAUAAUACCGUAAUGGGACUAAGGAAAGCAGUAUCCAGCGAUUAUACUUCCGUACCAUCCGGACCUAGAAAUGCAAUUACAAGCGAAUAUAGCAGCACUUCAUCAGGAUUCAGAAAUGCGGUCUCUAAAAAUUACAACACCAUGUCAGUAGGUCCCAGGAACCCAGCUUCCACCGACUAUAGUACCAGCACCCCUGGACUUAUAAAAGCAAUGUCUGAUGACUACGCGAAUACAGUGACACAGCUGAAAAUGUCAACGCCAAAACCACCAAGAAAUAUUGGAAUGUAUAAUGAAUCUAUACUGGAAGAUAUACUGAAACGGGAAAAAUUGAAGAAUGACAGUGAUGAACAAGAUGAUAUACAAGAAGCAACGUCAACAGAAAAACAACAAGAAGAAAGUCAAAUAAGCCUAAUCACGUCAAAUGUGUACAACUUUAUCGAGGGAUUUAUAAAUACAGGUAAUACCUCAAGCUCAAGCCAAAGCACAAAAGAAAAUGAAGCACCGAAGCGAUCAAAUACUAGUACAAGAAGCAUGAGAUGUCGACAAGAAGCUAUGCGCAGUGAAAUAGAGAAACAAACUAAUAUACAACCACACGAAUACGCAAGCACUAUAGUCAACAAUAGCAACGGACAACAGAGGGCACUACCACAAAGACAUGCAUACAAUGCAAUAGUUGAACAGGAAACCAAAAAUAUGAUAUACAACGCAAUGUACAGGGGUAAAGCAAAAUCUACACAUAGUGAACAAUCAGAUGAAGAUCAAUGUAGCUCAUAUAAAAUUGUCUCAGUCAGCGCAUCAGAAGUAGAGGAAGUUAGCAAACUAUACGGGAGCAAUAUAGAUAAUCUACAGGACCCAAGAGCCAAUAAAAUAGUGGAAAGAAAUAUAGACGGCACAGCGUUGACACAUCUACCAACAACAAGUGGGAAUCACGUCAAAGCAGUGGCAGACUACUCACUGGAGUACCUAAAUCAACUGUCAAAAGUUAACUCUAAAUGCGCGUUACUGAGACAAACGGAAACCGAAUCUAUAAAUGAAACACGAGGAGUAAAUGGAGCACGAAUGCGCAGAUCAAGCGUUAGCCCAUGGUUCAAGAAUCCACUGGGAGAAAAAGCAUGGGCACAAAGAGCAAAGUCAUCCAAUUAUGACGGAUUCGUAACAAGUAAUGACGAAGCUAAAGUGUAUGUGGACCCAAUGCAAAAUAUGUUCCUACAAGAACAAAUGGAACAAAUCGCAACAUACAGAACAGAAGAUGAAAAGAAAACACAAAAAAUACUAGACCCAUUCUACGAAUAUGAAAGAUUAAAACAAAAUAAAAUACAAGGCAAAACAAAUCAACAAAGGACACCAUUGAGAAAUUAAAAAUAGAAGCAAUAAAAACCAUCGCAUGUA